UAUAGCGCAAAUGUAGAAAGGCUGAUAUAAAAGUUAUGAAAUGCGGGAGUUGCAGGACCCGUUUCUUUUGCGAAUAGAGCCAAAAAUAUUCCGCACGAGGCAGUGAAAAAUACCGCAUAACUGGAAAUCAACUUUAGAUAUCUUAAAUAUAUCGAGCUCAUCACAGAAAUUUCCGGUUUAACCACGGCAUAAACUAUGUGUAUUAUAAUGGCAUCUCCCAUUGGCAGAUAUAAUUUAUUUACUAAUUACUUAAAUGGCCCGAGAAUCUCGCUGUUCGGGUGACCCUCGAUUAUUAUGUAAAUUACAGUCAGCUAGAAAUGCUUUGGAUUAACAUAUCGUUACGUAAUAUGAUUUUAUUCAGUUCUGGCUGGAUGUGUACCGAUUAGGAUGUGCGCCUUUUACGAAAAUUCGGUUGCUUUAUAAGCAACGCUACUUAUGCAGCGAUCGAAGUUGACGCGUGUCGAAAUGGCGAUCUUUACACUUUCGCCGAGUACCGGCACACGCCGGGCUAUCAACCGAAACUUGCUCGUCCAUAUUUCGUGGACGUAACCACUAGAGUUACUUAACGUAUUCUCUCUCCCUUUUAUCUCACAUAUUGAGUUUCCCAUGGAUGCGAUGUAUCUUUUUCCUCUGCUGUUCUUAUCUCUCUUCCCUUAUGUCAGCUCUUCCCUUACGUCAACUCUUCCCUUACGUAACUUAUAUCGACAGCAAAAAUUUAUCGAUUCCACGCUUGGAUUUUUUUUAACAAUAAAAUUAUUUAUUAUGUGUUAAUUACUUUGUUCCUAUCUAAAUUCAAUUUUCGUAAUUCAAGUAACACAAACGAAUUACAUUUAUGAUACAGCGAUUUAGUUUUCGAAAAUUUUAAGUAUUUUUGUAAGUGAUAUCCUGUAAUAUAUCUUGUAAUUAUAACGUAGAUAUAAUAUCACUUUGUUUCGUAAUGAUAAAUGUUUUUGCACGAUCGUUUUUAAUUCGCAGAACGAUAUUAUCUUCUUUAUAUCCGGAAGACCAUAUUCUUUUGCGAAUUUAUUGUUACUAUUCGAGCUCCAUUGCUAGAACAUCUACCGUAUUUUGUUACGUGUAAUUGCGAUAUCGAGUGCAGUUGCUCGCGGCUUUUGUAUUGUUGCAGUUUGGUCUCGUUACUUCGGACAAUUCAGAAACCAUUGGUUGCACCGGGUUGCAACCUGGUCGCAAAAAAAAGGCCCUGCCAUUUGAAAUCCACUGAGUUUAUAUUGUCAUAGACAGAUCACGUACACGCGCGAAAGUUUGCAAUAUAUAUAUAUAUAUAUGUGUACUGAAACCGCCACUCGCGAAAAAAAGGGCACAAUGAGGGAGGCGCGCCUCCACUUUCCGAUGUAGCAAAAGCCAUCUCUAUAUUCACGAUUGUAAAAAUCGCAAAAUAUAGUUGUGACGAAAAUAUAUAUCGCAAGAAUAUAUAUCGCAAUUGUGUAUAAGCGCCGCGAGAUCGAAAUCUUGAGUGCAUGCAAAUGUAUGCAAACGACAAAUAUAUAUCACGUUGACCUUACGCAAAAGUUUCAUAAAUAAUUUCACAGAAAUGUGGAAAUAAAAUAUAUAUAUAGAGAGAGAGAGAGAGGUAGGAUAUUUCCGAAAUAUGCCACGACACUAAUUGUAAAGUGUCGUUUCGCAUCUUGUCGACCGUGGCCGAUGUCAUUUCGCUUGUCACACGGGCUGCCAACGUCUGCUCGUUCAGCUUCCUUCGGCGCAACUGCCGACAACGUCUCUCCCAGUUUCGCGAAAUUAUGCACCGCGUGAACACCGUAGUAGUGCAUCGUGUCGUCGCGUUGUCUGUUAGUGACGAUUGCACAUCCGCGAAACGGCGGAGCCGGCCGGGAUGCAGGACGGUUUGUAGCUAACCUCUCGCUCUUGUGUGACAAUGUCGCGCGACCCGAAGGCCAGUUGCACAGAUUGCCAGGGACGUGGAGCCUCCGCCGUCCCGUCCCCGUCGUCUUUCCCCGUCGACGCGACACGACGAGACGGGCUGAACGAACCGGAAAGAUCGGUCCGACCGGUGUCGAGUUUCGUCCCGACCACUUGCGCAUCCGAUACGGACGAGGGAGAUUAUGAAACGUCUAGCGAAGGCAUGAUCCUUUCGAAACGGAGCGGCAACAGAAUUCACGGAGCGCGAGCCAAAGAAUCGCUUUGCGUUUACCUCAAGGAGAAAAGCGCUUCCUUGAGCAAACGCGCCGCGUUCGAUGGGAACGUAUCCGCGAUAAAGAGAGAAGUUAUUUCCGAUUCGUCGCACGAACUCAUGGAAAACAGGUUAACCCGGAAAACCACGCACGCCCAUGAUAGCCUUAUUUUGAUGCCUGAGAAUUUGGCACAGUCGAAAUCCCUGCCGAUCCUGAAAAGCGGCGGAAUCCCGAGCGGCGUUUCCAUGGAUUUUACAGCUGCUGACGUCGCGUUAAUGUCCGCCUCGUCGUCCGCGCGUGAAAGGAAAAUGUCUAUGAUUAUCAAGAGGAUGGCGCCGCUUAUCUCUCCUUAUCCUUCGACGGUCUCGUUAACGACCGGCGCGACGACCAAUUUUCGUGGCCGGCGAUAUGAGACGAGGCGACUCGCGCCAAGAACGAAGCUGCCGAUACUUUGCGAUACGACGGUGAUUAAUGACGGGAGGUCAGAGGAGCUCGUGGCGGAAGUGACGCUUCACGAAACGAAAAAUAACCAUCGCGCGAUGAAUUGGGAUCCACGGCGAGACGCAAUUCCGACAUUCGUCAAUGACGAGGGUACUGCCAAUGUGACAAACGACGACGUCCUCGUUGACGUCGCCAGGAAUCCGUGCUCCUCCAUCAAGUCGGUCUACUUCCCACCGAAUCUUUCGGACCCUCUCGCCUUGCCGUAUGACGCCGGCAAGACGAAGAGACACCCACGAGUGUCCACCGACGUCGAGACGCUGAUGAAAAUAGACCACGAAUUGAGUUCGCUCCGGUGCCAAUAUAACGAGAUUAUCGGGAAGGCUCGGGCAUUGGGUCUCAGCGGCACGGGCUUCGACCUUGACGUCUCCUGUCGUCUGGAUCGGCCAGACGACACGUUCGGCCAAUCUGUGCUGUCGCCGUGCACGUCCAAUUAUUUUCCCAAUCGCGGCCAGACGCGUCUGCGACAAGCCUGCACGGGAAUCAGCUUUGGCGCCGAGAAUCGAUCCGCUCUCGUCGAUAAGACCGCGCCGCCUUCGACUUUCUCCGUGGUCGGUAAACCGACCACUCCAAGAGGCUCUCGUACCAGCUGGUUGAACGAGAACGGCUCGACUCGUCGACAGGAGGCGUUAAGUUUCGCCGUACGCGAUCCCACUCGCGCGUUCGAGAACUUCGAUGGUCCUCGAUCCUCUAGUCGGAUCGGAAAUAGCAUAUCUUACUUUCCGACGACCGUCAAUAGCCGUACGUUUCACGGAGAAAAUGUUCUAGAUGACCGUUCUCGUAACGGAUGCGUUUCCAAUAGCAAUUUUCAACCCUAUCGCAAGUCUAAAACUGUAAUAGAGAAAGCCACUUCUGCAUGGGACGGUUGGUACCCUCGCGAUACGGUCACUACAAAUCCUUCAAAUGUCCUCAGCAGAAUGGAGUACAAUUCGCAUCGAUAUCGGACUGUGGAAGAUUCGCGGACGUCGACUAGCAAUUCUUUUGAGAUCCGCAGACGUAAGUCUUCGGUGUCCAUUGUGGAAGUGAUCGAUAACAAUUGGUCCACUGUCGAAGGAACAGCGAAUAAACGGUCGGACGAACAUUCCGAGAUUCUCUCGGGUAAUCAAAAUUCGAUGGUCGUUGAAACGAAAUUCGCCGAUCGCGGUAGCAAUUAUCACAAAAGCGUUCUAACCGAAACCGAACGCGUCGCCGAAGACAAUCGAAUCCCCUCGUCUGCAGUUGCAUUAAAAUCGAUCGAGCCUGUGGAUCCUGAUCGUGCGGUACUGCGGACAGUAUCAGCGUCAGCUGGCGUUCCUCAGAUUCGUGUCGUCUGCGUGAACACGGAAUUUCGUACCAUCGUCGAGAAGCGUUACACCAGCCGAGCCGUUAGUCCUAUUCAACAUUCACGUCUGGCGACCGCUUCGUCAACGACAACAUCUCCGAGUAAUAACGUCCUACUCGCUAAGGUGUCGAGCAUUUUCGUGCAACAAGUGCGCGCCGAUUCCUCGGGAGAAAUGGCGAAGAUCAUGCCUCCCACGAAGAUAUGCUCCGUUGAAGCCAAUAAACGAGAUGCGCUCGCUGACGCAGUGAGCAAACGCGAUUUUUGCGUUCAGAAAGUUGACUCUCGACUUCCGACUGCGAAAGAUCCGCCGAGACUUUCCGAGUUCAAGAGAGAUGAGGCAGAUUUGACGACGACAGAAUUCAGAAAGGCGCGAUAUCUUCGUUUACCCAGGGCGAAAGAGAAGAUCACGAUUGUUCCUAUCGUUCUCACCGACGAAAUAUCGGAAUCGAGGUCUGCAAACGUGGAUUUUGCGAUUCCAAGGUACGCCGUAAAAACGAUGCCGAAAUUGAGCCAUCAGAUCGCACCGUUCGACGCGAGAAAAUUUCACGAGACGUCAGCGUCGUCGAUUAGAGAUAAUGAGAGUUAUCGAAGAGGCAUCGCGGAUCCCGUGUGCUUAAACGAGGUGUUUGCGGGCGAAAAGCGCUGGAGAGCUGACAGAACUUCCGUUUCCCAUGUCGAUCGCCACCCGCGCGCGGAAGAUUAUCAUCCUCCCUUGAGCGUCGUGAGUAACCCGAGGCGACCGAUUCGCGUUACCACUUCGAAUGCGAGAGUCGUCGGAAAGGCGGGGGAAUAUCACGAAUCCGGCAGGCAGAGAGUCGCGAAAGCGAUACCCGGUAUGAGGAGCACGCCGGAAGAUUUCCUUUGUGAAACGUGACUCCGCGACCCGUGCGGCGCACGAGUGCGCUUAAACGUGCGUUUCGAGAAAGCGGCACUUUAGCGAAGAGACGCGAUAAAGCUCAUCUCCAGAAUUUCUCGAAGCCGAAGCUCUUCAAGCGGAGUAAGUUCUCGCGGGAGUUAAGUACUUUUGUGAGAAACACGACGGAAAGUUUAAAUUUGACUCGCGCAACGAACUGCUCACAUUGCAGGGCAGAAUUUCCGCGACUGAACUUAUAUACGUUUGUGUGUAUGCGAUCGCCGUACCAUAGUUCACGAGAAUCGUGCAAGUUGGAGAAAUUGUAACAUAAAGAGGGAAACGGUCUGGCAAAUUCAAGAAUACAUAUUUAUUUCUCGGAAUUUUAUGCCAUUGUAGACUGAAAUCCGUCGAGGGUAGCGAAAAAGGAAGAGCGAAACGGAAAACGGGCUGCGAAAUCAUUGUUGUCGAAGAAACAUCUCACACACAAUUUAUUAAAUAUAAAAAGAAUCGGGGAUUGGCCAAUUCUUACAAAUGAUUACCGAGGACAGGAGAUAAGGCAAAAUCCAUCUUAGAAUUUUUCGCUCGCGGCCUAGACGCUUUCUGCAUGCAUAUCGGACAUGUCUCUUUAUCUUUAGCAUGCACGCUUUAAAGUGCAAGACGCGCUGUACAUACGCUGCUCUCGCAAAUCGAAGCAACCGAACGAUCAGCAAAUAUAUAUAUUAGCGAUAUAUUUACACGAAAUACGCACAUUUUAAUAGUUGCGAUAUUAUAUAGUUACUAACGAUUGUAUUAUUCGGAAAGGUUUUAUUGAAGCGUAAAUAUUUGAUAAAAAUCUUUUUGCGAAAUACAGAAGCGGGAAAAGCGA